CAAGGCUUAGUAUUUGAGUUUGCUACAUUAGUUGAAAGAUAUGGAUGUUGUGAAGGGUUUGGUGCAAGAAAGGCCAGUGGUGAUUUUCAGUAAGACUAAUUGUCCUGUAAGUCACUCUAUGAUACAACUCAUUAGCGGAUUUGGUGCUAACCCAACUAUAUAUGAACUCGAUCAAAUGCCAAAUGGCGGUGAUAUUGAUCGAGUUCUAAAGAUGAUGGGUCGUAAACCUAGUGUACCAUCCAUCUUCAUUGGCGGAAAUUUUGUUGGUGGUCCGAAUGAUUUGAUUAGCCUUCAGGUGCAAGGUCGACUUGUUCAGUUGCUGAUAGAUGCCCGAGCUAUUUGGGUAUGGAAUAGAACUUAGUUUUAGGUUCAAUUUUGUAGGACUAUUGGUAAGAUAAUGCAAAUAAAGUGUGUUGUGUAAUGCCUCGUUCUUUUGAGCAUGAUUAGAUCCUCAUGUUGUGUGUUCUUUUGAGCAUGAUUAGAUCCUCAUGUUGUGUGUGUUUACGAAAGAUUGAAAAUCAAAAUUAUGUGUACCAUCAAUCUUCAUUUUGCUAUAUAAUGUAUGCUAUCUCUAGCUGAAUAUAAAUAAAAUUUCACAAACUAUUGA